AUCGGGCCGGAUCCGUGGCUGGAUCGGGAGGAGGAGGAGGAGGAUUAUCGACGGCUGGAGCACAGGGCAAUGGCGGCAAUUGCCGGAGUCACAGCGGCAGCGGCGGUGGGGGCGGCGGCAGGGAUUUUGGAUUCGACGACAUGGAGGCGCCAUUCGGUCUCUUUGGAUCUUGCUCGUCGAUGGAUCCAUCCGACACCGCGGGAGCACUGUGUUGCACACGAGGUUUUGUAUCGACGAUGGAUUCCCAACGGCUUUGGAGCAACAGAUGGUCGAGUUUCCAGUGGGAAACGCCGAGUACGUGAGACAGUUUCUGCUUCAAUAUAGUCUUCUUCGUAGAAAGGAAGGGUUUGUUCUCCGGCACGACUCUUUGUCUGCUGGAGUUGAUCAAGGAUCAGGAUUUAGUUUUGUCCCAGAACGUGGCUACAACGUAUCUGGUGCAUUUCUCUCCAAACAAAUCGGAGCCGACUUCUCGAGCAACGGCGCGUAUUCCAAGCCUGGACAGGCUAAACUACUCCAGAGCGGCUCUACUGAUGGCACCGACCAGGGAGAACCAUCAGCGGCGCCUGCCAAGCCACCAAAGAGCAACGCUGCAGCCCAGAGAGAGCGAACAGGGAAGCUCAAAAUGUCCGACUUGGCACAACACUUCCACCUGCCUAUCAAUGCCGCGGCCAAAGAGCUGGGGAUUUGCCCCACAGUCUUGAAAAAGAUUUGCAGAAGGAAUGGAAUGAGGAGAUGGCCACACCGCAAGAUAAAGAGCAUAGAGCGUAUAAUCGCGACUUUGGAGCAAACGAUUGCGGAAGGCGCGGGGCAAGGCGACGAAGGCAUCCGGAUGGAGAUUGCGAUGUUGAGAAACGAGAGAGCGCAGCUGUGUGCGGGGCUCUUGGGGCAGAAUUGAAAAGAGGUGGAGAGCGGGGGGAGAAUUGCUGAGCACCUCCUCCUUCGCGUCAAGUGUAUAUAUACUUUGGCUGCUGCGGCGAUCGAUGCUUGUUUGUUACCAUUCUUUGAUUCAUUCGUCAUUGUACAUUCGUGUUUUGUAAAAAGAAAGAGAGAAUUUCUAGUGCUU